GGCGGAUUACUGAGGCCUUAUCGAGCGCAUAAGCGAACCUGUCUAGUAGUGCACUAGCUGAGAGAUUCUGAGAAAAGCGAACUGCUGCUAGGAGAGAACCUGUGCUCAUCAAGAUUCCUUCGUUCGCUUCUAGAUUAGCUCGACUCCGAGGAAUUUGUGUGCUCGGAUAUUCCACUAAGACUUGCUUUCCCUUCACAAGAAUGGCUUCGUCGAGUAAAGCGUACCUCGCCGCCUACAACCUCGCACAGGCCACCGGAUGGGCCGUGGCGCUCGCCGCCAUGCUGCACAGCGCCGCCACCACCGCCUCCAUCGCCGGCGCCUUCCACGUCGCGUGGCCCCUCGUCUACGCCUGUCAAUUCGCGUCCAUUCUCGAGACCGUGCACGCCGCCACGGGUUUGGUGCGCAGCGGCGUGGCGGCGCCGCUGGUGCAGUGGGUGGGGCGGAGCUUUGUGCUGUUCGCCGUGGUGGGCCGCACGCCCGCCCUCCACGCGCACGCGGCGCUCUUCGUGCUGCUCGCCGUCUGGUGCUGCUCCGAGGUCAUACGCUAUCCGCAGUACGCCCUCUCUCUGUUGGGCACGUGUCCGGCGGCGCUGACGUGGCUGCGGUACUCGGCGUUCAUCCCGCUGUACCCCAUCGGCAUGUUCGGCGGCGAGAUGGUGCUCAUCUACCUGUCGCUGCCCUUCGUCAAGGCGGAGCAGCCCCUCGCGUUCGUCUUCAACCGCCUGCCCUUCGACUACUACCACGUCCUCAUGGUCAUCCUGGCGGCGUAUCCCCUCUUCUGGCUGCACCUCUACACGCACAUGUUCCGCCAGCGCCGCGCCAAGCUGUUCCCCAAGAGCAGGGCGGGCGGCAAGAAGGCGCACAAGGCUGUGGCCAUCGUGCCCCUCUCGCCCGACAUGUUCGCAGAAACCACCGCUGACCGCCCCGCCCCUGCUGCUGCUGCUGCUGCUGUUGCCAGCAAGGACGGUGGUGCUUUGCCCAGCAUAUCACACUUCCACAGCAGUGGUGCCACUCGCUUGCGGCCUGCUGCUGCUGCUGCUGCUGGUCGGAGUUAAAGCGCGCCAGCGCAACAGUAGGCACAAAUGACAACGUAUGCCUGUAGCUUGGACCUGACAGGGCUCGCUCAAAACGUAUGCCUGUAGCUAGCAGGUGUCCUGAUGCAGUACAGUAGGCAAUAGGAACCAUAGGUAGGAACCCAGCAUAACACAUUGUAUGCUUGUGCUGAAAUAAUUGAGUCAACCUGAA